GGUGGUAUUUUUAUUUGUGGCCAAAGGGGCGAGGAAAAGGAGGAGAGAAAAAGAAAUAGAAAAAGCUGCAGUGUGGAAGAGGAGGAAGAGGGAGAAGGAAAAGGAUGACAAGGAAGUGAAAGAAAACACACAACAACCCUUCGCAUAUUGCCUCCACCUCCACUGUUCCAAAUCCAAAAGCACAAAAGAGUGGUAGUAGAGAGAGAGAGAGAGAGGGAGAGAGAGUGAGAGAGAAGAUAUAUACAAGGCGAGCUAGAUAGAAGAAACAAAUUAAGCAAGUGAUUUUUGAAUUGAUCGAAAGCUCUUUUACUAGCAUCUUAUUGUAUCGGGAUCUUCUCCUCCCUUUCUCUCUCGUUCUUUCCCUAAACUGGAUGCAUAGAUAGAACAAAAGAAGGGGGAUCGAAGAAACCAAAAGAAGAGGUUGAGGGAGAUCACGGAAGAAGAAACAAGGAGAAGAGCACCAUCGAGAGGAAGAAAACGGCGAAGUGUAAUUGUGCUGUUGCUAUUAAUUAGUUGAGAGAGAGAGAGAGAGAGAGAGGGAGAGAGAUGGAUUCUUCGACGGCGUCGGCACCCUUCUUCGGAAUCAGAGAUGAAGAGCCUCAUAACCAGCAAUCGUUGACCCCAUCCUCUUCUACAGCGGCGGCGGCAGUGGCAGCGGCGUCGCUCCCGGAAAGUGCAGCUCCUGUGAAGAAGAGGAGGAAUCUCCCGGGAAAUCCAAGUAUAUAUCCGGAUGCCGAAGUGAUCGCGCUGUCGCCGAAAACCCUAAUGGCGACGAACCGGUUCGUGUGCGAGGUGUGCAACAAGGGCUUUCAGCGCGAGCAAAACCUGCAGCUGCACCGGCGCGGCCACAACCUGCCGUGGAAGCUGCGGCAGAAGAGCGACAAGGACAAGGCGCGGCGGCGAGUGUACCUCUGCCCAGAGCCUACUUGCGUCCACCACGACCCCUCCCGCGCCCUCGGCGACCUCACCGGCAUCAAGAAGCACUUCUCCCGGAAGCACGGUGAGAAGAAGUGGAAGUGCGAUAAGUGCUCCAAGCGCUACGCCGUCCACUCCGACCUCAAGGCCCACUCCAAGACCUGCGGCACCCGCGAGUACCGCUGCGACUGCGGCACCCUCUUCUCCAGGCGAGAUAGCUUCAUCACUCACCGCGCCUUCUGCGACGCGCUCGCGCAAGAGAGCGCGAGGCUUCCGUACGGCCUCAACACCGCCGUGGGGAGCCACCUCUACGGCAACAGCACCAUGGCGCUGAGCUUAUCCCAAGUGAACUCUCAAAUCACACCAUCAUUGCUCGGUGGCGGCGGCGGCGGCGGCAGUGGCAGUGGCGGUGCCGCCUCUCAAUUUGACCAUCUCCUCCCUCCGGCGAACGCUUCGGGCUUCCGGCCGCCUCACCACUCCUUGCUCCAGACAAAACCCUUUCACGGCUUAAUGCAGCUGCCCGACAUCCAAAGCGACGCCACCGCCAACGCCGCCAACGCCGGUCCCACAGCCGCCAAUCUCUUUAACCUCAGCUUCUUCUCCAACGGCAGCAGCGGGAACGCCAUGAACAACAACAACAACAACAACAACAACAACAACGGCGGCGGCGGUAACCAUAGCGGCCAUUUGAUGAUACAUGAACAAUUUAAUAACGGAAACGGGAACGGCACAGAGCAAGCGGCCUCGCUCUUCGCCGGGAACAUGAUGAGCCAUCUUUUUAACGAGUCGAACCACAGCGACGCGGCGUCGAUCCUUCCGCAGAUGUCGGCGACGGCUCUGCUCCAAAAGGCGGCUCAAAUGGGUGCAACUACAACUUCGAACGCGCCGGCCACUUUGUUCAGAGGCUUGAGAUCCCCCAUGGAUCAUCAUCAUCAUCAUCAUCAUCAUCAGAACGAGUCGACGCAUCUCCAAGACCUAAUGAACUCGCUGGUCAACGGCGGCGGCGGUGGCAACAGCGGCCUUUUCACCACCAAUCAUCAUGAGCAACAAGAGCACGUCGCAUUCGCGGGGUUCAACCACCCGGGAAUGUGUAACUUGGACGAGGUUAAGUAUCACAGCAGCAGCAACAACAACAACAACAACAACAACAACAGCAACAGCAACAUGUCAUCGACGGUGAAUAACAUCGUCAGUUCCGAUCGGUUGACGAGGGACUUUCUCGGCGUCGGCGGGAUGAUGAGGGGGAUGGGAGGGGCCGAGAUGAGCUCGUUGGAUCCCGACAUGAAGUCGGCGUCGUCGUUUAGCGGAUCCUUCUCGGGUAGGAGCCUUCAAUGAGGAAUAUUUCUAUAUAUAUAUACACAUAGGAGGGAUAUAAGAUAGAGGUAAGAAGAGGAGGAGAAAGAGUAGAGGAGGCUGAGUAGGUAAGUAACUCAACUUGGUUAAAACUAGCUAUAGUUGAGGAAGAAGUUUCAUAGUUGCUACAUAUAUAAUGUUGUUUGUUUUAUUAGUAUAGUAGGACAACAAUAACUCAUGUGUAGUGUAGAGAGUUGUCUUUCAUCAUCUAUUUUACUUAAUUUCUAGCUUAGCUCGUUGCCACCAUUAGCUGGGAAUUAUUGCUAACUAACCCUCCUCUCUCUCUCAAAAAACGAGAACAAGGAUGUCUCUUCUAUUUUGUAUAAGAUCCCUUGUGUGCAUGGGACAAUGCUCCAACAUCUUGGAGAUUAAAAAAAAGAGAGAAAAGAAAAAGUUGUGACUAGCUACGUAUCCUAGGCACUUGUCUC